AUGCCAAGUGGAUCAGUGAGACUGCACAGCAUCAAAAAGCUGGGACAGGACAACCAGAGCUAUGAGGUGACAGACGAAGAGCCAGCUGGGUCCUACAUGACAAUGGCAACAUCUAAGGAGGACGACAAAGCUCAGGGAAAAAAGCAGCAGCCGGCAAUCAGGAUUAGUUUCUUUCAGCUGUUCCGUUUUGCCAGUUGCCGGGAGAUACUGAUGAUGAUCGCAGGCAGUGUGUGUGCGGUGCUGCACGGUUCAGCCCAGCCUCUCAUGCUGCUGGUGUUCGGCCUGCUCACCGACACCUUCAUCGAAUAUGACAUCGAGCUCAACGAGCUGAACGAUGACAGGAAAGAGUGUGUGAACAACACGAUCCAGUGGAAACAGAACUACACCGCAGUGCUUCAGCAGGUUACACCGCUGAACCAGUCAGAGUGGGGCGUCAUGAACAAUUCAACAUGGGAGAUGCUCAAACCGCUGGAGGGAAGGCCCUGUGGGCUUCUGGACAUUGAAUAUGAGAUGACCAAUUUUGCCUUCUAUUAUGUUGGCAUUGGAGUCGCUGUAUUUGUGCUGGGAUACUUGCAGAUUUCCUUGUGGGUGACGGCGGCUGCCAAGCAGAUCCAGAUCAUCCGGAGAAUGUACUUCAGUAAGGUGAUGAGAAUGGAGAUCGGAUGGUUUGACUGCAACUCUAUAGGGGAGCUCAACACCCGCAUGUCAGAUGAUAUCAACAAGAUCAAUGAUGCCAUAGCGGACCAAGUUAGUAUUUUUAUCCAGCGCUUCACCACCUUCGUCUGUGGCUUUUGCGUGGGCUUUGUGAAAGGGUGGAAGCUCACCCUCGUCAUUGUCGCAGCAAGUCCGCUGAUCGGCGUCGGAACCGCUCUUAUGGCUCUGUUUGUGUCUAAGCUGACAGGGAUGGAGCUGCAGGCCUACGCUGCAGCCGGAGCCGUGGCUGACGAGGUGCUCUCCUCCAUCAGGACUGUGGCUGCUUUUGGUGGAGAGAAGAAGGAAGUGGAAAGAUAUGACAGGAACUUAAUCUCGGCACAGCGUUGGGGCAUCAGGAAGGGUCUGAUCAUGGGCUUUUUCACCGGAUACAUCUGGUUCAUCAUCUUCUUGUGCUAUGCUCUGGCGUUCUGGUACGGCUCCACUCUGGUGGUGGACACUGCAGAGUACACACCAGGAACUUUACUGCAGGUGUUCUUUGGUGUGCUGAUAGCAGCUAUGAAUUUGGGCCAGGCGUCCCCGUGUCUGGAAGCAUUCGCUGCAGGUCGGGGCGCUGCCACCAUCAUAUUUGAGACGAUUGACAGGGAGCCAGAGAUUGACUGUCUGUCAGAGGCUGGAUAUAAACUUGACAGAGUCAAAGGUGAUAUAGAGUUUCACAAUGUGACCUUUCACUACCCCGCCAGACCUGAAGUCAAGAUCCUGGACCAGCUAAGUGUUGCGGUGAAGUCUGGGGAGACCACGGCGUUUGUGGGGCCCAGUGGAGCCGGGAAGAGCACCGCCGUUCAGCUUUUCCAGCGCUUCUAUGAUCCUAAAGAGGGCAUGGUGACCCUUGAUGGUCAUGACAUCAGAGGGCUGAACAUCCAAUGGCUGCGCUCGCUGAUUGGCAUCGUGGAGCAGGAGCCCGUGCUCUUCGCCACCACCAUCGCCGAGAACAUCCGCUACGGGCGACCCGGGGUCAACAUGGAUGACAUCAUCAAGGCCGCCAAGGAGGCCAACGCCUACAACUUCAUCAUGGACCUGCCACAGAAAUUUGACACCUUAGUGGGAGAAGGCGGAGGUCAGAUGAGUGGUGGACAGAAGCAGCGUAUUGCCAUCGCCCGGGCGCUGGUCAGAAACCCUCGUAUCCUGCUGCUGGACAUGGCGACCUCAGCCCUCGACAACGAGAGUGAGGCCAUCGUUCAAGAAGCCCUGGAUAAAGUACGCAUGGGCCGCACCACCAUCUCUAUCGCCCACCGGCUGUCCACCAUAAAGAAUGCUGAUGUGAUUGUGGGCUUUGAGCAUGGCCGGGCUGUGGAGAGAGGCAAGCACGCGGAACUGCUGGAAAGGAAGGGAGUCUAUUUCACCCUCGUCACCCUGCAGAGCCAAGGAGACAAGGCUCUCAAUGAGAAGGCUCGGGAAAUGGCUGACAAUGAAGAAGAGCCAGAGAAGCUAAAUCUAAGCAGGGCAGGCAGCUACCGUGCCAGUUUGAGAGCCUCCAUCCGCCAGAGGACCAGGUCCCAGCUGUCCAACCUCGUGCCCGAUUCUUCUGUUCCCGUCGCCGGAGAGCUCGGCCCCAGAGCUUAUUCUGCGUCACAGGGAAACAAAACCAAGAGUGCUACUCCAGAGGAGGAAGAGGAAGAAACCAUCGAGCCUGCCCCAGUUGCCAGGAUCCUGAAAUACAAUUCGCCCGAGUGGCCCUACAUGAUUUUUGGAUCCUUUGGGGCUGCAGUCAACGGAGGGGUCAACCCUGUCUACUCUCUACUGUUCAGUCAGAUACUGGCGACAUUUUCCAUAAUAGAUCCUGUGGUCCAGAGGAAGGAGAUUGAUAGCAUCUGCCUGUUCUUUGUCAUGGUUGGUGUGAUAUCUUUCUGCACCCAGUUGCUGCAGGGAUAUGCCUUUUCCAAGUCUGGAGAACUGCUGACCCGCAGGUUGCGGCGGCUGGGCUUCCAAGCCAUGCUAGGCCAGGAGAUCGGCUGGUUUGAUGAUCACAGGAACAGCCCAGGAGCGCUGACCACGCGUCUCGCCACCGACGCCUCACAGGUCCAAGGGGCAACAGGCUCACAGAUCGGCAUGAUUGUCAACUCCCUGACCAACAUCGGCGUGGCCAUCAUCAUCUCCUUCUACUUCAGCUGGAAGCUCACUCUGGUCAUCCUGUGUUUCCUGCCAUUCCUGGCUCUGUCGGGAGGCUUCCAGGCUAAAAUGCUCACAGGUUUCGCCAAGCAGGACAAGCAGGCCAUGGAGGCCGCCGGACAGAUUUCAGGGGAGGCUCUAAGCAACAUCAGGACCAUUGCGGGCCUGGGGAAGGAGAAGAAUUUCGUGGAGAUGUAUGAAGCCCAGCUGGACGCUCCCUUCCAUGCAGCCAUAAAAAAGGCCAACGUGUACGGCGCCUGCUACGGCUUCUCGCAGUGCAUUAUCUUCUUGGCCAACUCCGCCUCCUACAGAUUUGGAGGUUACCUGGUGCGACAAGAGGGUCUCCACUUUAGCAUGGUCUUCAGGGUCAUCUCCGCCAUCGUUACCAGCGGCACGGCCCUUGGCAGAGCCUCGUCUUACACCCCAGACUAUGCCAAGGCCAAAAUCUCUGCAGCGCGUUUCUUCCAACUGCUUGACCGCAUGCCCAAGAUUAAUGUCUACAGCAACGAGGGAGACAAAUGGAGUGACUUCCGAGGCAACAUUGAAUUCAUAGACUGUAAGUUCACGUACCCCACCAGGCCAGACAUCCAGGUCCUGAACGGGCUGAACGUGUCGGUGAAGCCCGGCCAGACGCUGGCCUUCGUGGGCAGCAGCGGCUGCGGGAAGAGCACCAGCGUCCAGCUGCUGGAGAGGUUUUACGAUCCUGACCACGGCCGAGUGGUGAUUGACGGCCAUGACUCGUCUCGCGUCAACGUCCCCUUCCUGCGUUCCAAGAUUGGCAUCGUAUCCCAGGAGCCCAUCCUGUUCGACUGCAGCAUCGCCGAGAACAUCAAGUACGGCGACAACUCACGAGACGUCAGCAUGAAUGAUGUCAUCUCCGCUGCCAAGAAAGCCCAGCUUCACGACUUUGUCAUGUCACUUCCUGAGAAAUACGACACCAACGUGGGCUCGCAGGGCUCACAGCUGUCCCGCGGUCAGAAGCAACGCAUCGCCAUCGCCAGGGCGAUCAUACGGGACCCCAAGAUCCUGCUCCUGGAUGAGGCCACCUCUGCUUUAGACACCGAAAGCGAGAAGACCGUGCAAGACGCCCUGGAUAAAGCCAGGGAAGGCCGGACGUGCAUCGUUAUCGCCCAUCGCCUAUCGACCAUUCAAAACUCGGAUAUUAUCGCCGUCAUGUCCAGAGGCUUCGUGAUCGAGAAGGGAACACACGAUCAGCUCAUGGCCCUCAAGGGAGCCUACUACAAACUUGUUACCAGCGGAGCACCAAUCAGCUAACUCGCUCAGGGGAACUGCAGCCAAUUAGAAACGGGAGCCAGCAGCCUAGAGAAACGAAGGAGAGGAAAGAGCGUUAUCGCAGGAUGUGCAUAGAGCUGAGAACUGGAAGUAUGCCAGAUGUGUGUGUUUGAAAAAAAAAAAAAUGCUUGCAUGUGCUGUAAUCCCAAUUCAGGCUCUCAGGAGCAUACAGUCUCUUCCUAGCUAGAAAUAAGGAAGCAAAGAUGCAACUUCAGCUUGUCAUACCUGUUCAGUCUUGAAGUAUUUAUUUUGUGGCAGGGAUCCAGUCAGGAAAUGAGGUGUGUCCUGGGUCACACACCGUAUUUUUUUUUCGUAUUUCAAUUUACUUGCACAGUGUCUACUUAUAGUUUUAUUGACUGUUUGGCCGCUUUGCAC